UUCCUACAAUAACAGCAUAAAUUUUAGUAUAUGUAAUAAUGGCCUUUCGUAUUGGCAAAGCUGUGUCUAUGAUAUCUGGUGGAGCAUCUGGACUGGGCCGAGCAACUGCGGAGUAUUUCGUAAAAAAUGGUGGCCGUGUUGCAAUUGUCGAUCUUCCGAACUCAAAAGGUGCCGAAGUGGCAGAAACACUUGGUGAAAAAUGCAUAUUUUGUCCAACUGAUAUAUGUAAUACUGAGGAUGUCGUAAAUGCUAUUGAAUCAACAAAAGAUAAAUUUGGUGCAUUACAUGUGCUUGUCAAUUGUGCUGGUAUUGGACAUGUUGAGAAGGUUUACAGUUUUAAUAAAAAUUUGCCUCACUCGUUGGAAAACUUUCAAAAUGUAAUUCAAGUUAAUGUGGUAGGUACUUUUAAUCUCAUCCGAAAUGUUGUCGGAUGUAUGGUAAAGAAUGAAGUCGGGGAUGAAAAUCAACGAGGGGUUAUAGUGAAUACAGCAAGUAUAGCUGCAUAUGAUGGUCAAGCUGGACAGAUUGCAUAUAGUGCAAGUAAGGGGGCAAUUAUUGGAAUGACCCUUCCACUUAGUCGGGACGUUGCACGUAUGGGUAUUCGGACAGUAACCAUUGCACCUGGCACUUUUAAAACUCCACUUUUGGAAUCUCUACCAGAAAAAGUGAUUAACACUCUAGAAGCUGGCAUACCUUUUCCAUCAAGAUUGGGAAAGCCUGAAGAGUAUGCAAAGUUGGUGGAAUCAAUUGUAGAAAAUCCUAUGCUUAAUGGAGAAGUUAUAAGACUUGAUGGAGCAUUAAGAAUGAUGUGAUUACAAGUAAUAGAAGGGCAGAAAUAUUUAAGGUUUGAUUACAAAGAUUCUGCAAAUAGACAAAGGUCGGCACUUUCGAAUACAUCAGCAGGGACUGGGUUCUUGAUGUUUCAUGGGAUGCUAAUAAAAUCUAGCUUCUUUUAUUUAAACUAUCAUUGUUUUGUUGACAUAUUGCGCAGUUUUAUUAUUAUUAGCAACUGAUCUUGUGAAGUAUCAUCCCAUAAGAUAAUAAUGUUCAUUUAUAUUAUUGAGGAUAAAUCAUGUUGAUAUCCAAUUCCGUGAACAUCAUAUUGGAAAUACAAUCUGAUUAGAUUGAAGCUGAAGAUCAUUUUUUUUUAUCUGUAAAUUUUUGGGAUUUUUUAAAUUUUCUGUUGGUGGUUGUCUGUAUAAAAUAUGGGACCAGGCCAGAGGGAAUUGCUUUGCAUAAAUAAGUGAAAUUUUCUUAAUGAAUGCAUUUUGAACUAGAUAUAGGUUUUAUUUGGUCAAAAUGUCACUCCAUGUUUGUUUAGGCUCUUUUUCACUGUAAUUUUCAUCUUGCCCAUUACCCUCAGAGUACACACACUUUGCCCCACCUAAAAAUUGUUUAGACUGCCAAACCAGUUUUCGGUUCAGUUUUUGUAUUAUUUUUACUCACACAUGAGCACAAUAGACAUAUGAAGUUUAAUUUAUCCAGCCAGUAAAAAUCACAUACAAUAUUAUG